CACUCCAUAAACAUCCACCAGCCAAACAAAGCAUCAAAUCAGCUAAAUCAAGCCAAAAAAAAAAAAACUAAGUUAGAAAGAUGAGUUCAAGCUGGUCUGUGGAGGUGGAGACCAAAGCUCCAGCAGCUGCUAUCUUUAAAGCCACAUUCAUUGACUGGCAUAAUCUCGGUCCUAAGCUCAUCCCUGAAGUUAUAACUGGUGUUACAUUAAUUUCUGGAGAUGGUAGUCCGGGGAGCAUCAGGCAAAUCAACUUCACCCCUGGGGCACCCUUCAGUUUUGUGAAGGAGCGUCUUGAAUUCAUCGAUCAUGAAAAACUGGAGCUGAAGCUCUCUGUUGUGGAGGGAGGACAUUUGGGCAUCAAAAUAGAGUCUGCAACUUCACAUAUCAAGGUGGAGAAAAAGGGACAUGGAUCCAUUGUUAAGGUGACGGCAACAUAUAAGGCCAUCGCCGGAGUUGAUGUUGCAGAGGAUGUUAAGAAGGCCAAGGAAGGUUUCAUCAACAGUGUCAAGGCAGUGGAGGCACAUCUUGCAGCCAACCCUGGAUCUUAUGCUUAAAAAUCUGAUAUUUUGCUGAUCAGUAAGAGUGUGUUUGAUAUUGUUGUGUGGUAAUAAAUAAGCUUGGUUUGUCCUCUAAGGAGAGCUUUUAUGAGCAUGCAUUUGUCUUUGAAUUGCUCUAUGUUGUGGUUUAUGCUUGCUACAAAUAAAUUUUAA